CAGGAGAAUGAUUUAUAGCCGUUUAGCCUUAUCUAUCACAGUUUAAAAGGCCUCCUUGAGUUGACUCUGAGCUAGUUUACAGACAGCCAGCAGAAGAGAUAUGGGGAUCCUCUGACAUCCAGCAGAGUGAAGGUGUUGGCUCCACAAGCAGCGUCUCACCAUGGCUUCAUUUGUUGCACUGUUAUUGGGGUUACCUGUUGCACUGACAUGCGCGCCACAAAAAGCAGACUAUGUUGUAGUCUCGUGUUUCCCGAACGCCAUCAUCGCUAACGUCCCAGAGUGUCCUUAUGGGUGGGAGAUAGACCAGCUGUCCCUGGGUGGAGUGUGUUACACUGGAAUACACAGCCCAAGCUACUACCGCUUCAUCAUCCCAGACUUAACACCAAGAAACCAUUCAUACUGUGGCACACAAUCUGAGUACAUGCCCGGCAAAGAUCCCAAGUACAUCUUCUACAACUCCAUCGUGUCCAACGAUACCUCGUUGACGGUCAGAAACCAGCCGGUCAACUACACCUUCAGCUGCGUGUACCGAGCCGCCUACCUGGUAAAUAACGCCGUCUUCAGCCAGAGAGUCGCUACAGUUUAUGUCAACAAUGGGAGUUUAGGGACUUUUAGAUCACAGUUAUCUAUGAACGUGUUCACGAACUCUAAGUUCCUGUAUGCCAAGGACGCUCCCUAUGUGAUUGACACCUCUGAGAUUGGCUCGGAAGUUUUUAUCGGCAUUGAGGCAAAAGGCCUGAGUAAUAGGUUCAAAGUUGUCAUCAACAACUGCUGGGCGACUCCAACUCCUUACUCAACUGACAAGAAGAGGUGGAGUCUUAUUAUCAACAGCUGUCCAGCUGACUACACGGUGACCAUUUUCGACAACGCCAAAGACAGCCGCUCCACGUUCAAGUUCAACUCGUUCCGCUUCCAGCGGCUGGAGAAGGUGUCCACCGUGUGGCUCCACUGUGAGGUCCACAUCUGUGACGCAGAGAGGCUGGUCUGUCAGCCGAGCCCGUGCUCCAAAAGGUCCCUGUCAUCAGAAGUAGAACCGAGUGGAGGGAUCCUCACCACUGAGUUACAGAUUAAAGGCAGUGAGUCCUCUAAUAAUGCUCGUGCAACAGAAACCUCUUUUCUCAUCCUGCUUCUGGUCGUGGUGAACAUUUGCUUCGAAUUAGUAAAUGGAUCAAAAAUAUAAAGCGAUAAAAAGAUCCUGUUAUGGAAACUGUCCAAGAGAUGUACAACCACAGAGGGGAGUGUCACUCAAGACUCAGGAAGCCAAGGAAUAUAUUCUCCAGUCAAAAGGCUGAUUUGCAUGCAGUACAUCUAGUAAUGCUUUUAAACAAAAAAAA